GGGAGGUGUCUGGGGCUUCUGGAAGGCCCGGGAGGGUGUAGGUCUGGGCGCCCGGCCCCGGGCGCGGAGCGGCCCCUUCCCCAGAACUCACAAGCAGCCCCGCGCGCUCUUCCGACUGACAGCCUGGGAGGCAUCCCUGAACCGGUGGUCAGACCCAGGGGCCAACAGGACUCGGGCUGGGAUUGCUAGAGGCACGCUUCACUGCAUCCCAGUACCUUUACGGUGGUGCCCAGGGCCUGCUCUCGUUUCUGCUCCCCCGGAAGGUGGCCUCUGGGGAGGGAGGCAGACUUGGGUCCCGACCUCACUGUCACUUAGCGGGUGUGGCCUUGGGCGGGUCACUCAACCUGUGAACUGUCUUCAUAGUUCAUCCAACCCUUGGGACAACCUGAGGUCUCCCACGUGGUGCUGACCCAGCGGCCAUCUCACUGCCCUGGGGGUGGCCGGGACCCGGGACGCCAGCCAGAUUGCUGGCACCUUCUCCAAAGAGCCCCAGCUUGCAGGGCCAAUCCUUGUGUCCCGGUCCUGGAAGGACAGCUGCACCGGCCCCUCCACAGCCCCCCAGAGCUGGGAACCCAGGCAGGAGUAGCACAGAAGGAGGAUCAGGCUCUGGAGUUGACGGCUGGGGCCAAACUCUGAACUGAGAGCAAACUCCAAAGCAUUUCAGCCUCAGGCGCCCCAUCUGUGAGAUGAGGUCAGGGGACCUUACCACUCUGAGGGGUUUUGUGUGCAGUGAGCUCGUUAAAGGUAGGGAGCGUGGACCCGGUAACUAGGAGCCGGCGCGAUUAUCCCUCCGAGCUGAGGCUGGGGCCACCCUGCCACCCUCGCUGGCUCCAGCCACCAACUGGCCUUGUCUCUGGGUGAGCCCUGGCACUUUGCUCUGCACCUGCAGCCAGGCAUGGAAGGUCUACAGGGCAGCGGUGUCCCCAAGGGGGAGUCUGGUGCAGCACACACAGGAUCACACUGAAUCCUCUCGACUGUCUCGAGGGCGCACCUUCGCCCCACUCAGACGAGGAACUGAGACCUUGGCCAGGCCACGCAGCUGACAAUGAGCUUCCAGGUGACGGGCCUGGGCCUGAACAAGAUGAAGCUGGACAGUCCCCCGUCCUUCCUGGACCAGGAGGAGGCGGAGGAGGCUGACGAUCCGCAGCUGCUGGAACCGGAGGCCUGGAGGACCUACGUGGAGCGCCGCACCGCCCUGCGCGGCUUCCUGACCUCCGACCUGAGCCCGCACCUGCUCCGGCGCCACCACGCCCGCACGGAGCUGCUCAAGAAAUGCUCCUUCUACAUCGAGAUCCUCCCCAAGCACCUGGCCCUGGGCGACCAGAACCCGCUGGUGCUGCCCACCGCCAUGUUCCAGCUCAUCGACCCCUGGAAGUUCCAGCGCAUGAAGAAGGUGGGCGCGGCCCAGACCAAGAUCCAGCUCCUCCUGCUCACGGACCUGCUGGAGCAGCUGGACCGUGGCCGCGCCGAGCUGGGCGCUCUGCUGGGGUCACCCGACCCGCAGCCCUUCCUGGCGGGCUGGGGGCUGGUGGAGCGCAGGCUGGCGGACCUGGCGGCUGUCAUGGACAGCUUCCUGGCCAUGACGGUACCUGGGCGCCUGCACAUGAAGCACCGCCUGGUGUCCGACGUCGGUGCCACCAAGAUCCCGCACAUCCGGCUCAUGCUAAGCACCAAGAUGCCCGUCAUGUUCGACCGAAAGGAGUCGGUGGCCCACCAGGACUGGGUCAGCCUGCGGUGGUUUGCCACCAUCCAGCCGGUGGCGCCGGAGCAGUUUGAGCUCCGCUUCAAGCUGCUGGACCCGCGGACACAGCAGGAGUGCACGCAGUGUGGCAUCAUCCCCGUGGCCGCCUGCACCUUCGACAUCCACAACCUGAUGCCCAACCGCUCCUACAAGUUCACCGUCAAGAGAGCCGACAGCUACACGCUGGUGUACGAGCCCUGGCGGGACAGCCUCACGCUGCAGACCAGGCCGGGGCCCCCCAAAGGGCCCACUCCCAGUCGGCCGGGCAAGCCAGGCCCGCCCCUGACCAUGCUUUCCGAGAGAUGAUUUUCUAAUAUUUAUCCACUAGUGAAGAGGAGUAUAAACACACACACACACACACACACACACACACACCAUUAAAGAAGCAAACCUGCUUACGUUUUA